GUAUCCUAAAGGGGGGGUGGAGAGACUCCAUGUGUUGCUGCUCUUUGGCCAGGCAGCGUGCAGCAGUGCUGCAGCAACUCGCCAGUCUUUGUGUCCUAUAACACUUAAUGAGUACAGACUGAACCGACACAUUAAACCACCGGAGCGACCGGGCAGAGCUCCGGUAUUCGACUGAGAUGCUCUGAAGGACAGAAGAAGUAUCCGGGUGUCUUCUGCAGAGACUGGGAGUCUGGUUGGAUCCACUUCCUGCGGUUCGGUCAACAACAACAACAACAACAACAACAUGGACGAGAUGGACGACUACAUCUGGCAGCGCCGCAUCCAGCACGGCGUGAGGUAUCAGAAGAACUCCGUCCCGUUCCCAGACUCGGUAGAUAUCGGUUUGGAUUUCAACGCGACGUUGGAAAGGACGGAAAAGUUAGAUCUGAGUCUGCUGACGAACGGCGUGAUGCUGGAGCUUUGUGAAUUCGCCAAAACGGUGACCAAGUCCGAGACGUACUUCCUGUUUGAAAUGCUGGACUUCAACUUCGACCUCGGCGUGGAUGUGGACAUCGACCAGCAGUACUACGACUACUCGAGACGCGCGCACAAUAAAAUAAAGCUGCUGAAGGAGCAAAUCAAAGUGAAACCGCAGAGAUGGAAAGAAACGUUUCCGCUGCCAGACCUGAGCGCGAUUCUCGGGGCGACAGACAGACAGUCCAGAAAGUACUACCCGAAAAGGAACAAAAUGGUGGACUUUUCGGUCCUCAGUAUUGGCAGCAAUAACAGCCAGUCUGCAGAACAUCAGAAGACCGAAAGUAACGGAGACAUGUAUGUUGUAAAAAGAGGUGGAUUAAAAACAACGGAGAAUACCUUCUCUUACUGUAGAAACCUCGGUGUGACUCCGGUUGUUCGACCGGGCAACGAGCCCAGAGAGAAACUCGACCCGAGUCUGGUGAACAACGGCGUGAUGUUGGAGCUGCUCAACUUCUCCCGAGUGCUUUGUGGGACGCACACCGGGAUCGUUUACGACUUGGUGAAGCAAAACUUUGGCCACGAGUUGGACAAAACGUUGUUCCGUAUGCAGCUAAGCAAGCUGAUGGAGAGGAAGUACGCGUGCCUAACGCCCGAGGACAAAGACGCUUUCCGAAAGGAGCCGUUCGAAGUCCAGACCCAGAAACGGGAAUACAAGCGUAAACGGAAAAUAGACCCAACCGCAGAUUACGAAGAACAGGAAGGACUAACGAUGACCAGUAAAAGAAGAGGUACGCCGAAGCUCAUGGACGAUUACGUGAAAGACUUUUGUCAGGAUGGCGACCUGUCUUACAUGUGUCCGGUUGACUUUGAGACAGAAAUGCAGUCCGGUUCGGACGCCAAACCAGAAACGAUGACGUUCGAAAGUAGUUUUUCGGAAACCGAGUUCUCCGUGGAUGUAAAGGAGGAAGAGGAGGAAGUGGUCGUCUCCCCGGUGCCGCCUCGGACUAAUUGUUUGCCCAGCACUCAUCCGAAGAACCCGACACUAAAAGCAGUCUCGGCGCUGUUUUCCGAAGACGACAACGUGGACAGCGAUGCAAAAACACCGAAGCAGAAGCUGUGGACGAGACGCACCACUCGUGCAAAACAAAUCCUGAAAUCGAGCAAAGUGAACGACCUGUUCGCCCGCUGCAGGGAGAUAGCGUUGGACUUCAACGUCGGCUCGGGCAACAAACAGAACGUGGAUCCGUUCCUUCUCACCAAUCACGUGUUGUUCGAGAUCUACAGAUUCGCGACUACGAUGUCCAAGAGUUUCCGCAGUUUCUUGUUUGAGAUUCUGGACAUGAACUUCAACCUGGUCCCCCAGGGUAACCUGUACCAUCGCAAUUUCAUAUACUACAUGAUAACGAAAGAAAAGAUCCUUCAGAACCACCCCGACAGAUGGAAACCGGAGUUUCUCAGCAGCCCCUUUCAGUUCCCGGAAGUUUACAACAUGGUUGACGUGACGAGCGAUUUCAAAACGGGACAGGGAGUGGAGACGGAGCAGCCGGUGAGCGUGGAUUUGCCGGCUUCGGCUGAAAGCCAGGAAGCAGAUAUGGAGCUUCACCCGUACUGUAAAAAGUUCGGCCUUAACCUUUGGUCACUAGCAGAACGUCCGGCGAACCAGAAGCUCGAUUUGACGGCCUUGACGACCGGCGCUGUGCUCGAGACAUUCGGCUUCGUGCGAGAGCUGUGCGCGCCGGUCCGCGAGAUGGUUAACGAUGUCCUGGAGCACAACUUUGAUCUCAAUCUGCAAAGCGAAGCAUCGGUCGCGUCGGGCGUGAUCAAGAGAUGGUACUCCUUGCAGAAGAGCGUGAUGAAAGGCCAGUCCCCGUCCCCGAAGAUCACUCGGUGGUUGAACACGGUCGUCCCGAUAAACGGCUACUCGCAGCUCAGUCGAAAACCGAAAACCGCCAAUGGAUCUCGGGACCUGGACUCCGGAGAAGAAGAAGAAGACGUAAAACCGGAAAUGGAGGACUUUCUCGUAGAUGUGAAGACCGAGGAGACGAUGGAGGAGGAUGAAACGAUUGACAGCUACGACUUCUGCGAAGAAAUAGGACUGAUCCUGGACGUGGGAUCCAAACCGGAAGCCGGCGCGAAGCUGGACCUGCGGCUCCUGACGAGGGGGGUCCUCUACGAGGUGCACCGGUACGUGGAACGCAACUGCAACCGAUACGUUCCCGCUCUGUACGAGAUCCUGGAGUACAACUUCGACCUGAGCUCCCAGAACCACCGCCGGGUGGAGUUCGCCUGGGCCGUCGCGUCGCAGGUGAUCGCCAUAGCGGGGAAGAACGGCAGGAAGGGAGACUAUCUGAAGAGAGCGAUCGAGUUGCCGAUCGAAGUCUCGGAGUCCCGGGAGGCCGUGUGCAAAGAGGAGCCGGACGACUGCUUCGGCGAGACGGACUACAGCGAUAACGACAUCGUGUUUGUCCGAGAACUGAAGCCAGUUGACAUAGAAGUGGAGAUAGAGUAGAAGUCAGAGCUUCUGUCAAUGGACAAAGUCACAAUUAGGGAUUCCCGAUGUCACACACACACAUAUACAUACACACA